AUGUCCGCCGAUCGCUCCACAGCCGGAGGAAACGCCAUCACUGAAGAUGGUUUGCAAAUAUGGAGCUGCAUUACAUGUCGACGCCGCAAGGUCAAAUGCGAUAGAACAAAUCCUUGCUCUAAUUGUGCUAAGAACCGAGUCGAAUGCCACUUCCCAGUUACUGGCCGUCUUCCACGCCGACGAGAUCCCACGGCGUGGAAGUCACCAACUGAAAAGCAAGCUGAGCUGCUGAAUCGGCUGAGGCGCCUCGAAUCACUUGUUACAGAACUCGCAGCACAAGUGGAAGGCGGUGCUGAUAAGAUCCAACCCAUACUCCCAGGCUCAUUACCCAGUGUCGCAGGUAAAUUGAUUUCUGCCAUGAAAUCCCAUGCUGAGGGAGAGAUGAACGAAGAUUUUGGACCAUUAGUCGUUGGGAAAGACGCUGGUCUACAAAUCGGAAAGGGUUUCUGGUCUGUUUUUUGUAGUGAAGUCGAGCAUAUAUUUGAAGCUAUUCAAGAUGUGGCUUCAACAGCAUCUGGUUCAAACCUUGAACCUAUCUCAUAUAGCAGUCAAAUAUCAUCGCAUAGCAUAUAUCCCCAAUUUUAUUUCGGGAAUGCCUAUACCGGUGCAUUUACUCAAAGCCUCGAUGAUCUAUACCCUUUACCAUCACAAAUGCCUUUUAUAUGGCGGACAUACGUGGACAAUGUCGACCCAUUUAUCAAGGUCAUUGACGCUGCAGCUCUAGAAGAGGUCAUAACUCAUUUGAGGGGCAAGUUUGGCUCCCUACAGUAUAGCUUACAAGCUCUACUAUUUGCUGUAUGUUUGGCAUCAAUCACGUCAUUGGACCAGGAAGAGAGUCUGAAUUGCUUCGGUAUUCCAAGAAAUCAAUUACUUGCUCGGUUUCGCCUUGGGACAGAGAGAGCGCUCGCCAAUUCUGGACUUCUGGUAACAAAGGAUAUUGAAACAAUCCAAGCAUUUGUAAUAUAUCUCUCAAUUCUACCACACAUUGGUUGCCAGGAACUGUUGUCGCCAUUGAUGGGUCUAUUACUGAGGAUCGUGACAUCCUUACAGCUGCACAGGGAUGCCGAGAACUUCAAAACGCCUCUUCUAACCCCGGUUCAGGUCGAAAUACGCCGCCGGAUUUGGUGGCAGAUUGUCUUCAUUGACUCCAUAUCCCGAACAGGACAUACUGAGGGAUUGUCAGUUUCAGAUACAAUAUUCGACACCAAAGCUCCAAGUUGUAUAUCGGUUGGCGGUGGAAGCAAUUCCAAAAUAUCUUUUGACCUACAAAACGAGUCUACGGUCUGCAUCAUGCGAUAUGAGAUAUGGUUUCUAUGUCGUUUCCUAAACGCAAAUCAGCAAAGGCCUUUGGAGCAGAAACUGAACACCUUCAGAUUGACAAAGUCAAAAUUAGAGGAUUCAUAUAUCGACAGAUUCUCUUCAAAUAAUCACCUAGAAUCUCUAAUUAAGACCAUGACCUCGCUUGCCUUCUGCAAAGUCGAGCACACGAUAUACCUACAACAUUUUCGCAAAUUGAAAAAGCUCUCGCAAGCUCCAUCUCAGGAAAUGAUGCAACAUCAUUUAGAAUUGACAAUAAAUAUUCUUGAAGAAGCUCACAGAUUACGAACAGAGCCUUCUUGGAAAAAGUGGAGAUGGCAAUUACAAGGAGAUUUUCCUUGGGCUUCGAUGAGUGCAGUGUUCAUCCAGCUUUGCCAGUGUCCAUGGUCGACGGCUUCCGAAAGAGGGUGGGCGCUAACCCACCAGAUAUUAGAAGCGGCGCCAGAUAGAGUAAAGUUGAAUCCGUCCUGGGACAGAUUAAGUAAGAUCAUUGCUGCCGCCGAGGCCCAUCGAGCGAGGAAUUCUAGAGAGGCGACGGAGCAACCCAGUCACCACAAUGAGGCCUGCGCAUAUAGCUUCGUCGAAACACACAAGGGUGGCAAAAAGGCUUUAAAUCUCACAGAAACUCAAUCAGCUAAUGCUAGCACUCUUAUUGAUCGCUCAGAGUUGGACCAGGUGCUGGUAUCUAGCAUGUUUGACUUUGGAGUGAACCUUGACGAACCCAAUGAGUCGGAAUCCGCAGUAACAUUUAACCUGAUGGAAUGGCAGGAUUGGAAUGAGGCGCUAUUUGCUGAUGAUCAACUCUGGGACGCAGACUGUUUAUUGUAGGUGGAUGUUUUUAAAGAGCCAUUCAGCUUGGACGACCAAUACAUUGGAGUUGGACUCCAGUAUGAGAUAUUUGUGUGGUUUAACGGUGGUUGAUCUAGAUUUUUUGGUAGGAGAAAAAUAUUCACCUAGAUAGCGAGGUUCUGAGAAAUUUGAAUCCAC